AUGGGAGACAGCGACAGCGACGAUGAGCUCAUGAACCGCCUCACGCACAGCUUGAGCAUGAACUUUGCCGUCGGUUCGGGCGAAGAGUGCGCUUACUGCGACACGGACAACGCGCCGCUGGUCUGUACCGUUUGCACCACGGCAGCCUACUGCAACGCAAUGUGCCAGCGAAGACACGCCCGCGUUCAUCGCAACCUCUGCAUAAAAAUGAGGAUGAAGCGAGAAGCGGUCGAGGACGACGAGGACGAAGAGUCCUACGACGAAAACGACGACGAGAGCAAUUCAGAGAGCGACGCGCCGGCCGAUCCGCUCGUCUCGGUCGGUCGUGGAGGUGGCAGUAUGGCUGUUCCUGGCCUCACACCUGUCCAGAUUCGAGUACUGCUGGACUUGGCGGCUCGAGCAGAUUCGGAACCGGUGCAUUCGUCUUUGGACAAACUGCAGCAACAGAUCUCGCAGCUUACGGCCGACAAGCAGCAUGGCAGGAACGCUCCGCUAGAACAAGGACCGGGUGCGAGUUUGAAGGAGAUCAAGAGACUGCACGAAAAGCUGAACGAGUUGGAGACGAAGACGAAAGCAAUGGCUUGUGCGCCACCAACAAGAGGCACGAAUACUGUGGCGUCGGUGUACACGCCGUUAUUGGUAAAGAGCGACCCAAAGCUCGCGAAAUACUUCAAGUUGAAAGAUAUGAAGAUGCCAGUCGACCACGUGAAGGCCAAGAUGAAAGGGGAUGGAGUGAGUCCGGACCUACUCGACACGCCUGAUGCGGUCUCUCCUAACGAUGCUGGCCCGAAGAAGGGCGAGCACAUUUGCAUGACGGUAGCAGCCGAUCCAGUCUAUCGGAAAUACUUCCAGUUGAAGAGCACGGACAUGCCAAUUGAUCAAAUCAAGCUGCAGAUGGAAGUGGAUGGCGUGGAUCCCGUUCUCUUGGACAGACCCGAUGCUGUGUCUCCGAAUGACCGUGGGCCGUCGAUGCAUGUUUCGCUCGAGGAGAUAUCGCCAGUCUUUCCGAUUCCCAGCACCUUCAAUUGGCCUGCGCCUGCGUCUGGUGCUCCCUACAAACCGCUUUACGUGAGAGAUGACCCGACACUCGUCAAGUACUUCAAGCUGCGAAGCAUGGGCAUGCCCGACGAACAGAUCAAGCUCAAGAUGAGGGCAGAAGAGAUCAAUGCAGACCUUCUUGAUCGUCCGGAUGAAGUGUCGCCCAACGAUCCGGGUCCGCCUGGACAAGCUGCAUCUCCUACCGGACCCAUCUCGAUGGAGCAGCUCUUCAGUAUUCUCAUGCAGCAGCAGCAACUCAUUCAUCAAGUGUCAACAGGCGCAGGAUUCGCAAGCGCUGCACGUGAUCGUGUGCGUAGUAAUGGUGCAGUAUCGUAUGACACCACGCCAGUGCAAUCAGUAGAAGAUCAAAUGGCUCAAGAGCUAGCUGCAGCGGAAAACGCAAUCGAUGACAUCUUUGGUGACGAGUCUCAGCAGUCAAAAGGUCCUGGCGGCAUGACGAUGAUCGAGCAGCUGGAGCGAAAGGCUCGGAAGGAGAGCAACAAGAAGCUGGUGGACAAUCGAGAGCAUGUCAAUCACUUGGUGGCGGAAGUGUUGACGACAACGCUGUCGACGGAUGAUGAAGCGAUUGCUUUCUACCAGACGAUUGCUCCUCAGCUGGAGGCAUAUGGACUAGCGCUCGGUACCGACUCGGUUCAGACGUGGUCAUCGCGUCUCCUCGUGAAAAACAAGGAGACGCGAGACUGGUACUUUUCGGAGCAAGAACGACUAGAUGCUGGCAAAGCGUAUGGCCGACUGUGGGGACUUUCGUUCGUGGAACGCAACGCAGGUCAAUUGAUUGCAAAGCGUACGCAGAUUCUCAAUGCUCCUGCAGUUAUGCGCACGAUAGCCAAGGGCAAGCCGGAAUUGAUUGACAAGUUUACGCAGAUACUGAAGGACACGGUCAAGCUCAAGCACAAAGUCUUUCAAAGCAGUUCGUAUGCAAUGGAAACGCGGCAGCUGCAGCAAUACGACAUUCCUGAGCGUUUGGAAGACCGCGGCAUUGAGCUUAUCAACUCGACAACUACACUAGCUGAUGCUGCAAUGGACUUGGCAGACGAAGAGUUUUGUGCUCUGGAUCGAACAACGCGCGCCAAGACGAUUCGGGCAUUAACGGUAGUGCACGUAGCUGAAAAGGCGAUCACAUUGGUCGGCAUUGUCAAGAAGAUUGGUGCCAGUGGGGUCAAUGAGCUGCGUUUGCGCGAGGUGGAAGAGAAGGUGGCCAAGAUCAAGGAGAUGUACUUAAGAGACGAGCGGGAAGAAGAAGAUGAGGAUGACGUCCUCUGA